GGAGCGGCCCAGGAGGCGGACCAGGCCGCUGCCAGGGUUGGGUGCGCCGCUGAACGGAUGGCAGAGGGAGCCCAGCCGAUUCCUGAGGAACGCUGGCCAGCUAUUUGAGUGUCAUCUGCUGCCUCCCAUCGAUGUCAAGAUGACUAAGCUGGGAUUUUUGCGGUUGUCCUAUGAGAAGCAGGACACACUACUGAAGCUUCUCAUUCUGUCGAUGGCUGCUGUGUUAUCGUUCUCUACUCGUCUCUUUGCUGUCCUGAGAUUUGAAAGUGUCAUCCAUGAGUUUGACCCGUACUUUAAUUAUCGGACUACCCGGUUCCUGGCUGAGGAGGGAUUUUAUAAAUUUCAUAAUUGGUUUGAUGACCGAGCCUGGUAUCCUUUGGGACGAAUCAUUGGAGGAACAAUUUAUCCAGGCUUAAUGAUCACGUCUGCUGCAAUCUACCAUGUACUCCAUUUUUUCCACAUCACCAUCGACAUUCGGAAUGUCUGUGUGUUCCUGGCCCCUCUCUUCUCUUCCUUCACCACCAUCGUCACGUACCACCUUACCAAAGAGCUCAAGGAUGCGGGGGCUGGGCUUCUUGCUGCCGCCAUGAUUGCUGUAGUUCCUGGGUACAUCUCCCGAUCUGUGGCUGGCUCCUAUGAUAAUGAAGGGAUUGCCAUCUUCUGCAUGCUGCUCACCUACUACAUGUGGAUCAAAGCAGUAAAGACUGGUUCCAUCUAUUGGGCUGCCAAGUGUGCCCUUGCUUAUUUCUACAUGGUCUCUUCCUGGGGAGGCUAUGUGUUCUUGAUCAACUUGAUCCCUCUCCAUGUACUGGUGCUGAUGCUCACAGGACGCUUCUCCCACCGGAUCUAUGUGGCCUACUGUACUGUUUACUGCCUGGGCACCAUUCUUUCCAUGCAGAUCUCCUUUGUGGGUUUCCAGCCCGUCCUUUCGUCAGAGCACAUGGCGGCUUUUGGGGUCUUUGGUCUCUGCCAGAUCCAUGCCUUUGUGGAUUAUCUGCGCAGCAAGUUGAAUCCACAGCAGUUUGAAGUUCUUUUCCGAAGUGUCAUCUCCCUGGUAGGCUUUGUCCUUCUCACCGUGGGAGCGCUCCUCAUGCUGACAGGAAAAAUAUCUCCCUGGACUGGGCGUUUCUACUCACUGCUGGAUCCUUCUUAUGCUAAGAACAACAUCCCCAUCAUUGCUUCUGUGUCUGAGCAUCAGCCCACGACCUGGUCCUCAUACUAUUUUGACCUACAGCUUCUGGUCUUCAUGUUUCCAGUUGGUCUCUAUUACUGCUUUAGCAACCUGUCUGAUGCCCGGAUUUUCAUCAUCAUGUAUGGUGUGACCAGCAUGUACUUUUCAGCUGUCAUGGUGCGUCUCAUGCUAGUGUUGGCACCUGUAAUGUGCAUCCUUUCUGGCAUUGGAGUCUCCCAGGUGCUGUCCACUUACAUGAAGAAUCUGGACAUAAGUCGUCCAGACAAAAAGAGCAAGAAGCAACAGGAUUCUACCUACCCUAUUAAGAAUGAAGUGGCAAGUGGGAUGAUAUUGGUCAUGGCUUUCUUUCUCAUCACCUACACCUUUCAUUCAACCUGGGUGACCAGUGAGGCCUACUCUUCUCCCUCCAUCGUGCUGUCUGCCCGUGGUGGCGAUGGCAGUAGGAUCAUUUUUGAUGACUUUCGAGAAGCAUACUAUUGGCUCCGUCACAAUACUCCAGAGGAUGCGAAGGUCAUGUCAUGGUGGGAUUAUGGUUACCAGAUUACGGCUAUGGCAAAUCGGACAAUUUUAGUGGACAAUAACACAUGGAAUAAUACCCAUAUUUCUCGAGUAGGACAGGCAAUGGCAUCCACAGAAGAAAAAGCCUAUGAGAUCAUGAGGGAGCUUGAUGUCAGCUAUGUGCUGGUCAUUUUUGGAGGCCUUACUGGGUAUUCCUCUGAUGAUAUCAAUAAGUUUCUGUGGAUGGUCCGCAUUGGAGGGAGCACCGACACAGGCAAACAUAUUAAGGAGCACGAUUAUUAUACUCCAACUGGGGAAUUCCGUGUGGAUCGUGAAGGUUCUCCAGUGCUGCUCAACUGCCUUAUGUACAAGAUGUGUUACUACCGCUUUGGACAGGUCUACACAGAAGCCAAGCGCCCACCAGGCUUUGACCGUGUCCGGAAUGCUGAGAUUGGGAAUAAAGACUUUGAACUUGAUGUCCUGGAGGAAGCAUAUACCACAGAACAUUGGCUAGUCAGGAUAUAUAAGGUAAAGGACCUGGAUAAUCGAGGCUUGUCACGGACAUAAAUGUUACAGCCAGCUCUGAUACGCUUCGCACUGAACGCGUCACGUUUAGGACGCUGAAGACGUUUUUUAAAUAUGCAGUUUAUAAGAACAGAGCACGAUGGGAUUAGUAUUGUCUGGAAGUUUUGCCCUGGGCAGUAUGGGCUGGGCCAAAUGGAACGAUUUUUAUAAUUCUGAGCAGGUUACCAAAUGAAAUGUCAUGGCUUUACUUUGGUCAAUUAAAGGGGGGAACUUUUUUUUUUUAAAUGUGCCUUAUUUCUUUUGACUUAUGGCUGGUUUGAGAAAGGCAAAAGUUUGUGCUGGGCUGAUAGAAGGAGGGAAAGCAGACCUCGUCCAUGCUGUUAGCUUCCUAAUUGAACCCUGUGGGGGCAUUCUGUCUCUCUCAAAUCAGGAACACUAUCAAGGACUAGCUCAGAUCCUACACGUACAAAUAAUUUUGUCAUUUCAAAAAUCGUAGCACCUAGCACAAAGCCUUGCAUACGGUGGGUGCUCAGUAAACUUUUAUUAAAUAAAUAAAUGUUUGUGGAACCAGAGGAGUGCCAUUUCUGGGCAGGAAAGGCAGUGUGUUGCCAUCACGUCUCUGUUCUUAACGUCUCUUGUCCUUAGAAGCUCUUUGCUUUUAUGAGGGACAGAAGGUAGUCGACUAGCCAGACCUGAUUUCACCAGUAUUCUUUGGGACUAGCUAGGUUUUUUUGUUUUUGUUUUGUUUUUUUUCUUGAGCAAGAAUAAAUCAAGUGAGCAUCACUUGAAGUUUUGAAGAAAGACUCAAGGCAGUGAAAUUGUUGUUCUCAAUGGACAUGAAACUUCUCUGGUGUUAUAUAUGGAAUUUGAUGAUCAGUCGGUAUUUUUGAAUCAGCUGAAAUAUAAUCAGACAUUUCUAUUUGAAAUCCAGCUUUUCAGUAUUCACUUAUCCAUGAUACAGUAAAUGUCUUUUUCUCAUUUCUUUUAGCUUAUAUGCGAAAACCCUUGUAAUUAUUUAAGGGUGGCUUCUUUCUCCCUUAGUGUCAGCCUGUUUGUUGUUAUUCUAUGCUGCAAACAAACUCAAUGAUCUGGUUUUGAAGCCCUGGUGAAAUGAGCUACAAAUUGAAAGGGGGAAGAAUUGCUAUUACCAAGUACCUAGAGACAGUGCUAGCCUGACUGCAGUAAAGGGGAAGAGAAACUCAAAAACAAACUUAACUGAAAGCCCAGUAGUUCCAUCAAUAUUUAACGUCAGGACAAACAGCCUUAUAUUCAGUACAGUAGGACACUGUGUAUUUGACAACAUACGACAUAUAUCAGUGAUGUAUAUAAACCCUAAGUCAUAACAAAAAUACAAGGUAACUGUUGAGUGUUGCCUGUUUAAGAAACAGGAGCAAUUACAUGGCUUUUAGAUAAGUCAAAAUGGUGCUCCUAAAGGGUAUGCUCAGGUAUUCUUGUAUACCCAGGAAACUUAGCCUUCCAACCAACUUCUAUACCAAGUUCUUGACCUGUGGGUGAGAUUUAGAUUUGAUGUAAGAUCUAAUUUACUAUAUGUAAAUAUGUUACUUCAUUUAUAUACAGAAUUUCUCCCUAGUGGAAGAGGUUAUUCUGAGUUUCUUUUUUUUUUUUUAAAUCAAUAUGAGCAAUACCAGGUAAAGAUCAUUAGUGAUCUUCCUUGGUAGUAUAUAUGGGCUAGAUAACCCUUUAACUUAUCACUAUCAUUGUUAGUCUUACAAUUUUAGUUUUGUUAUCUUCUAGGCUACGUGAAGCUAUCUUUUUUUAAGAUUUUACUUUUCACCUUUCAUGGUUGUAGUGCACCUAGUGUAAGAAAAAUCAAAUAGUUAUAAAAAAAGCAACAACACUGUUUUCCACCUCCCAGAGACCCCACUUUCAACUCUGCUGAUUCUCACAUUACUUACCUCCCUAUCAUUAAAUAACUUGCUUUAGUUUGCUGUGUGUUGGUUUUUCAAUUUUAGGUAUCAUUUGUUGACUUGGUGGUGUGGAAAUUGAGGGUGCUAUGCCCAUGGACACACAGAUUCUUACCAUUUUAAAGUUCUAUAUUUUAGUUAUGAUUUAGAAUAGCUCAAUAGUUUUUACUUUAUGUUUUUUCACAACUGGGCCAUGUGGUAUAUAUGCUUUUACGGCUUUUUUUUUUUUUUUUCCCUUCCGCAUAACUUUUUUGGAGAAAAAAGCUUUUCUCAUUUGUAUUUUGUACUUGACACUAAUUUCUCCCCAAGCUCUCCUUCAUUUGUGCCAGCUUCCUUUCAAUAUGUUCAAGCUUGUUAGGUAUUCAUUCUUGGGGAUGUCUUCUGUUUUGGUAUAUUCUCGUCUGGAUUGGUUUACGUCUUAGGUCUGCUACUCACCUGUUGGGUUGGUAGGUCUUCCAUAUUGUGUUAAUCUCCUAAUUUCCUUCUUGAUUAUCACCUCUAUUUACCUUCCUGAGAAAAUGUGUGGGAGAUAGAUCUUGAAUGUUUCUUGUCACACUCAAUUGGGCAAGUACAGAGUUCCAGGUUGGGGAGAACUUUUCCUUAGAAUGAUUAUUUUUUUUUGAUUUUUAAGUUUAUUUCUUUGAGAGAGCAAGCAAGCGAGAAGGGGAGUGGCAGAGAGAGAGGGAGAAAGGGAAUCUCAAGCAGGCUCUGCACCAUCAGCACAGAGCCUGACGUGGGGCUGGAACCCACCAACUGUGAGAUCAUGACCUGAGCUGAAACUGGGAGUCAGACGCUCAGCCAACUGAGCCACCCAGGAGCCAGCCCCUCCUUAGAAUUAUUUUGAAGGCAUAGGCCAUUCAUGGUUUUCUGUCUUCUAAAUGUUGUUGAGAAAUGCAAUGCUAUUCUGAUUCUCAAUUUUUUGGUAUGUGUCCAUUCCCUCCAAUUCCCACCACAGGCCUAUUAGGAACCUCUCUUUUUAUGUAAUAUUUUGGAAUUUUCCCAAUGAUGCACUUGGGGAUAGGUCAUCCAUUGUGCUGGGUACUUUAAACUUUUAAGUAUGGAAAGUCAAGUUCUUCAGUUCUAAGAAAUUUACUUAUUUGUGUAUUCUCUCAACUCCUUUUCUCUUUCUGAAAAUUAUUUGGAUGUUGGACUUACUGGGUUAGUCUUCUGAUACUCUUUUUUUUUUUUUUUUUUUUAAUUUACAUCCAAGUUAGUUAGCAUUUUUUAAUGUUUAUUUUUGAGAGCGGGAGAGGGGCAGAGAGAGAGAGAAGAUGAUAGACGAUCCGAAGUGGGCCCUGUGCUGACAGCAGAGAGCCCAGAGUGGGCCUUGGACUCACAAACUGUGAGAUUAUGACCUGAGCCGAAGUUGGAUGCUUAACUGGCUGAGCCACCCAGGUGUCCCUAGUCUCCUGAUACUCUUAUAUGUACUCUUGGUUUCCCAUCUUUAUUUUUCUUUCUGGGAGAUUUCCUAAACUUUUUUUUUCUAACCUUUCUAUUUAGUUUCCUUUUUUUUCUGCUGUUACUAUUUUUUUUUUUUUUUAUGUCCAAGAGCUUUUUAAAAAAAUAAUCCUUUGUUUUAAUAUCCUUCAUGUUAAAGGCCUUUUCAAAUU